AUGGCCUUGCUGUCAAGGCAAUUUUCUAAGUACUUGAAGCAGAAGGAGACACAGAAAGAAAAUGGAAGAAAUUCAGAGGUUGACAGUUCAUUGAAGAACAUUCAGUGCUUCGAAUGCAAAGGCUUUGGGCAUGUCCGUUCUGAAUGUGCAAAUCUGUUGAAGAAGAAGGCGUUGACCAGUAUUAAGAGUGGUUCAGACAGUGAUUCAGAUGAUGAAUUGGCGUUGAAGAAUUUUAUGGCACUCACAACAUUUGUCUCCAGUUCUGUAUCAGAACCUGCAACAGAAACUGCAGCAGAAACUCCAGCAAAGUCCACAUAUGAGAUCCUAUGGAGAGACAUGAUCUUGGAUUUAAUGGAGAAUCCUCAAAAACAGAAACUGUUUUUUUCGUCUGAGGGAAGAAGAGAGACUGCAGCUACAUCUGCUUCAGAGCCUAAGCCCAUAAUUGCUUCAAAGCCGAAGCCCAGAAUUGCUUCAGAGCCAAAGCCCAGAGUUACUAUAGGGACUGCUACUGCUACCAAGACUGCAACUGCUUCAAGAAAAUUUUUAGAAUUUCAGAGCGCAUCUCAGCGAUUUUUUCGACCUAUUUGUCAUCCUUGUGGAGUUGCUAGGCAUAUUAGGCCAAGAUGUUUCAAGUUAUUGAGGGAGAAUCAUCGAAGGGAGCAAGCUUAUGAUGAGAGAUUUCGUGGUCCAACAUGUUAUCGUUGUGGAGUUGAAGGACAUAUCCAACGUCAUUGUUUUGGAUUCAGUCGAAGGUUCGUUCAUGAAGGUCAAAGGUUCAAGAAAGUUUGGGUUAGGAAAGAUGAUCUCUAUGGCAAUGUAUGGGGAGAUUGGAGUUGUUUUUGUUUUGGUGUUAUUGAUGACGAUGCCAUUGAAGUUAAAAGUGUUGGGUUCACAUACAUAGUCAAAAAGGGGAAGAUUGAGAUGAGUUACUUGGAGUUUUUCCUUUACCACUCGACUGUGCUACUGAGACUACUACAAGAAGUGAUACAGAAGUUGAGGUGUGUGAUUUGUGGAGAGGAGCUCGUAUAUUGA